AUGAAAACGACUCGUCCUGUCUUCCCAGUACCGGCAUCGCCCAUUAAAACUCUUCGUUUACUUCUUCGCCCCGUUCGGCAAUCAGAUCUUACUGGCUUUCACAUCUUGCGCACUCAGCCAGAGGUGAUGAAAUGGACGAGUCAGGGCAGACCAGACCUGGAUGAGCAGGCCACUCAGGCCUGGAUGAACCUGUUUCUACCACCAAAUGAUGCUGUCACUUUCAACUUUGCCAUCGAAGAAAUGUCAAAGCCCGGGGAGGUCAUCGGGAUCAUGGGAUGUUAUAUUGCGGAGCCGCCAGAAGUCGGGUACAUGCUUGUCAAAGAAGUUUGGGGGAUGGGUUACGCCACUGAAGCUUUGGAAGGUUGGCUGCACGCAUACUGGCAAUUACCCAGAAAAGAAGUGGUGAUCGGAGACGAUGUUGAUGACGAUACUUUCAUCGCAGAGACUUUAGCGGCAGAUGUCGUUGAAGAAAACGUCGCGAGCGCGCGCAUAUUGGCUCGAUAUGGUUUCGACGCGAUAUCGGAAGAGAUGAUCGAAGAGCAUGGCCAGAUGAUCAAGCUCAAUCAUCUCGCUCUUCGUCGGCCGGAAACAUCAUGA